AUGUUCGAAGCAAACUCAACUUCAGAUUCCCAAGGAAAAGUGCCGCCAGACAUUCCACCCGUUGAGAGUCGAAUGCCCGAAAUCGUCUUCCGUCAACGCACUAUCAGACGAAUUUUGCUUGGUCUCAAAACGAAUAGGGCUAACGGUCCUGAUGGAGUUCCACCCAUUAUCCUUAAAAAAUGUUCACCAGAAUUAACACCGUUCCUCUGCAAGUUGUUUAGCGUCUCGUACAGGAUGCGGUGGGCAUCGUUAAUUUUAGCCAUAAAGAUGUUUCCAAGUAACGGCACUAUAUUAUCGUUGAUUUGUCUGGAAAACCCUCUUGGAUCCAGAGGGUUUUUUGAUAUAAUGUAUUCCUUGGACACCCAUUUCGAUAGAGGCACAUCAAAUCAGUCCCCUGUGCUACCAGAGAGCAGUGUGGGCCCCCUUGUUGCGACCAAAGACCACGUGAUGGUCACUUGUAGGUGCUAAAGCACCAUUGGGAACUUCCCAG